CUGACCGUGGCCUCUGGGUUGGUCACCAGGGGGAAGCUGCAGGACAGGAAUGGCUAACUGACUCUAGCCUCCCCAGCCCCGGUUUAGACCAAACGACAGCCUCGCCGCGCCGCAUGCCCUUAUCUACCAAUGGAAUGCAACAGCUGUGCGGGGGAGCGUCAGGGUGGGCUGGCUGAAACCCCCCUGCCAGACCCCUGCACAGCUCUCCCCCCACCUCCAAGCGACGUGCCGGGCUCCUGAAAGGCAGCUCAACUAAAAAGUGAGCUAGACACAGUGAGAGACUCGGCAGGGCUGCUACACAUUCAAAAUAGAGUCAGAGGGAGGGAAGAGAGAGAGAGAGAGAGAGAGAGAGAAGGAGAGAGAAGGAGAGUCAGGGACAGGCAGUGCUGAAAAGGAGAGCACAAAGAGAAGGAAAGUGGAGCAGGGGAGGGGAACAGGAGGCUGGGUGAAGGGAGAGGGAAAGACAAAAGAAGGAGAAGGGAGACAUAGCAGGGUGAACGGAGGGGACUGAGCAAAUGGCUACGGAGGAGACGGCGGGGGGAGCCAGGAAAGCCACCAAGAGCAAACUGUUUGAGUUCCUGGUCCAUGGAGUGCGUCCUGGCAUGCCGUCUGGAGCGAGGAUGCCCCACCAGGGAGCUCCCAUGGGCCCCCCCGGCCCACCGUACGGAGGGAGCCCAGCGGUGCGGCCUGGCCUGCCCUCCCCGGUGAUGGAGCCCAGUCGUAAGAGGCCUGCCCCCUCCCAGCAGGUCCAGCAGCAGCAGCAGCAACAGCAGCAGCAGCAGCAGCAGGCCGUUCAAAACCGGGCCAGAAAGAAGCCAGUUGGAUUCCCCGGAGCCAAUGAGAUGCCGGCGAGGCAGAUGGACAUGAGAGAGCCCCAAUCAGAUCCCACGCUCGGAUCAAAUGCUAAGAGAAGGAAAAUGGCAGACAAGAUUCUUCCGCAAAGGAUCCGUGAGCUGGUCCCAGAGUCUCAGGCCUACAUGGAUCUGCUGGCGUUUGAGCGCAAACUGGACCAGACCAUCAUGCGCAAACGCGUGGACAUCCAGGAAGCACUGAAGAGACCAAUGAAGCAGCAAAAGCGUAAACUGAGACUUUACAUAUCCAACACCUUCAACCCUGCCAGACCCGACGCUGAUGACUCAGACGGCAGCAUUGCAUCAUGGGAACUGCGAGUGGAGGGAAAGUUGCUGGAUGAUCCAGGGAAGCAGAAGAAGAAGUUCUCUUCGUUUUUUAAGAGCCUGGUGAUUGAGCUGGACAAAGACCUCUACGGUCCUGACAACCACCUGGUUGAGUGUGGUGGUUUGCUCUUUCAGUGGCACCGCACUCCCACCACCCAGGAGACGGACGGCUUCCAGGUGAAAAGGCCGGGAGACGUGAGCGUGCGCUGCACUCUGCUGCUGAUGCUGGACUACCAGCCUCCACAGUUUAAGCUGGACCCUCGCCUGGCACGCCUGCUUGGCAUUCACACUCAGACCCGCUCCUGCAUCAUCCAGGCCCUCUGGCAGUACGUCAAAACCAACAAGCUGCAGGACUCCCAUGACAAGGAGUACAUCAACUGUGACAAGUACUUCCAACAGAUUUUUGAUUGUCCUCGGCUGAAGUUCUCUGAGAUCCCUCAGCGCCUCACCAACCUCCUCUUACCUCCUGACCCCAUCGUCAUCAACCACGUUAUCAGCGUGGAUCCCAACGACCAGAAGAAGACGGCGUGCUACGACAUCGACGUAGAGGUGGAAGACCCCCUGAAGAGCCAGAUGAGCAGCUUCCUCCUCUCCACUGCCAACCAGCAGGAAAUCGCCUCGCUCGACAACAAGAUUCAUGAGACCAUCGAGUCCAUCAACCAGCUGAAGAUCCAGAGGGACUUCAUGCUCAGUUUCUCCAGAGAUCCCAAGGGCUACAUCCAGGACUGGCUCAAAUCCCAAAGCCGAGACCUUAAGCUAAUGACAGACGUGGUGGGGAACCCCGAGGAGGAGAGGAGGGCGGCGUUUUACCACGAGCCCUGGUCCCAGGAGGCCGUCAGCCGCUAUUUCUACUGCAAGAUCCAGCAGAGGAGACAGGAGCUGGAACAGGCCUUAGCUGUGCGCAACACCUAAACCAAGGCCCUCCUGAAUCCCUGCAUCUGACUUCAGAGCUGUGUGUGUGUGUGUGUGUGUGUGUGUGUGUGUGUGUGUGUGUUGGAUGUGUGUGGGGCCAUCGCUGUAGUCUGGUGAAACCUUAAACCUCUAAACUAAAAAAAGACAGCAUUUGUCAUGAAAUUUGAGCUGAGAGGAGGUGGUUUUCCUCACGACAGCAGCGAUGCGCACGUGUGGGAGCCAGAUUUCGACGCACAUACGCGGUCAUAUUUGUUCAGUUUUGCCCAGGACUGUGAGAUUAUCAUCAUUAAACGGCAUGCAUUCACCUCCCACCCACCCACUGGAGGUCAAGCCCCUCUGAACACAGGCAUCCUCAGACUCACUGCCUAAUAAACACAACUCUCCCCUUUCCGUCCGCCACUCUCUGCUUUUGUAAAUAUGUCGCAAAACCUGUCAAGACAAACUCCGAAAUCGGCUGCUCACUCACUCACGUUGCUGUGGUACUUUUUGGGAUUCUCGACUCAAAGAGUUUGAUACUGUGUCCGACAGAACAUGAUGUAAACCCGUGUCACAGUCGACCCUCCCAGCGCUCUGGAUGAGACUCUUUUAUGUUUUUCUUUUUUGAUCCUUUGUUUUUGUGGUUGUAAGUGUGACUGUGUUUUUUUUAUUUGUUCUCAUUAGGAGAGUAGUUUUUCGAAAGAUUGAUUAAUUACACCAGCAAAGUCGAGAUUACAGUGUGACACAUUCGGGGGGUUGCAGGGAAUCAACGCUAUCUAUUAAACAUGAGGUGUGGAUUUCA